CCGGUGACCGAUCGUCAAUAAAUCAUUACCUAACAAACUAUUACCGCCGGGUCUCAGCCCCACAUCUUGAAGAAGAAACGAUAUCCCUUGUGAGGAAAAAAAGUUUGCGACCAGCAACAUAUUUACUUGCACGUUCAUUAAUAACUAACGGAAGUAAAAUUUGAUAAGCACCAACGAGGCUUUUCCAAGCUCUUCUCCAACUUGACGAGGGCGAAAGAGAGGAAAUUAAGGAUCCGCUGCAGUGUUUCCGCCUUUUUUUUGCCCCUUUAGUCUAUCACAUGAUUUUUUUUUUAAAAAAUUACUAGCUUACCUCGCAUUUUAGCUGACAAAUAUAUAAAAUACUUUCAAAAGGUUGUUAUACAAUGUUCCUGAAUGUAAAGUGCGAUCACGAGGAAAGGAAAAUCUUUUUUUUUGUUUGUUUUCAGAGACAGAAGCCGAGUCAGCAAAAAGUAAGCCCCUCCGGCGGCAGUUUUUCCCUUCGGCCGACCCGCCUGUGCUGGUGAGUUGGAUCUCGCCCCGCUCCCGAGCUGGAGAGUGAAGGGGAACGCACCAUGUCGCUCCCGGACCACAUACCGGAGAAACGCGGGGAGGAAAGGAGCGGGAAGUCGCAGCCUUUUGUGGACGACGAGCAACUUCAGCUUGCUGCGGCUUAUGUUUCUGAUGCUCAGUAUAACAGAAACAUCCAGUUUGAAACGUCACCAAAAGCAAUCCGAUUCUACAAAUUGUAUAAUCAUUGGUCUACACGAGGUGUCACCUACUUUUUUAUUCUUGCGGACCUUUUCCUUGGCCUGUUUGAGGACCCUGCCGUCUAUUUACUGCCACUUUGGGUUACCUCAACCGUAGAAUUUACUUGUCUGCUGAUGUUUUCCAUUCGGCUUUGGCAUUUCUCAAAAGUCACUCCCACAAAAGUGUUUUGGAAAGAUGCAAAGAACAUCUGUGUUAUUGUUGGAAUAUUGCUCACAUUGGUGGAUAUGAUUGUAUACUUGGUUUUAAUAGAAAAUGGAUAUCCUGCAGUCAGGUGGUCAAGAGUCUUGAGAACACUAUUUUGUGUAAACUUCACUGAAAGUCGUCAGCUCAGAAGGGCCUUCAGGAAUAUCCGCAACACUCUUCCAGAGAUCAGCUAUGUCUUUAUACUCUUUAUGUUCAGUGUCGCAGUGUUUUCCCUUAUGGCUUUGAAGUUGUUUGCAAAAAGAAAACUCACCACAGUAGAAGGAGCAGCAUAUUUCAGUAAUUACUUGGACGCAUUCUUCAGUCUUUACGUGUUAGUGACAACAGCCAACAGCCCAGACAUCAUGAUGCCUGCCUAUGAGGUCAGCUGGGCUUAUGCAAUAUUCUUUAUCAUUUUUAUAAUAGUGAACACCUAUGUCUUUAUGUCUCUCUUCCUGGCUGUUGUGUACAAUGACUACAAGAAACAUUUGAAGAAUGAAGUAAGGAAGCUAGUUUAUAUGAAGCAUCGGAAAAUGACUGAAGCAUUUAACAUAUUGAAGACAAAGAAUGGAACAGAAUUUGCAGUCCAGGAUUCUCAAUGGAGGCAGCUGGUAAAACUGGUGGCGCCCGAGAUACCCAGCUCUCAUCGAGAACUGCUGUGGAGAGUUCUGGAUGAUGAGCAGAAGGGCUUUAUAGGAAAAGAGUCUUUCAUCCGCCUGGCAGACCUUCUAAACAUACAGAUUGUUCAGAUGAAGGAGAGGGUCCAUCCGUUGGAGAAAAGCAUACCGAACCUGUAUAACUCCAGAGUGAGCCAGCUCAUCUGCAGGAUGGUCAAGCACCAAGGGUUUCGUUACACAUACGAUGUUAUCAUUCUUAUAAAUGCUAUUUUUAUUGGUGGAGAUGAGACCAAUCCUUUAAUAUCUAAGGCGGAAUGGGUGUUCUUGACCCUCUACGUAAUUGAAAUACUGCUGAAACUCUACGCACACGAACCCAGGGCCUUCUUUGCUAAAUUUCAAUUUUGGAAUUGGUUUGAUACCAUAAUUAUCGUUGCUGCUCUGCUGGGCGCCAUAGUCAAUGCUACACUUAAAUCAUCCGGCGGGUACAGUAGUCAACAGAUCCUGGAUAUUGUGUUCAUCCUGCGGGUACUUCGACUAAUCCGGAUCGUCGACAGCUUCCAGAGAUUCAGGAUUUUGCUCAACACAUUGGUGAAUCUUAUACCCACAAUGCUAACAUAUGCAGGACUACUUGUGGUUGUAUACUACAUUUUUGCUAUAGUUGGAAUGGAAGCAUUCAAAGGGAGAAUCAUUUUUUACAGUGCUAACUCCAGUGACCCUGCAGCAAAAUAUUGCGGGAAUCCAACACUGAAGGGUUCACAGUUUGCUACUCUUAGAUAUUGCAAGAACAACUUCAAUAAUCUCCUUUCAGCCUUCAUAUUACUUAUUGAAUUGACAGUGGUCAACCAGUGGCAUGCUCUUGCAACUGGAUUUGUGAAGGUAACUCACUUAACUGCAAGGAUCUUCUUUGUCAUCUUUCAUAUAGUGGUUGUCAUUAUACUAAUCAAUAUCUUCAUAGCGUUUGUUUUGGAGGCUUUUUUUGUGGAGUAUUCAUUGUCCAGGAGUGCUGUUGAAAAUGCCGUUGAGAAGAAAAUUCAAGAGCUUGGAAUGGGAGACUAUGUGGACCAUCCAGCUGGAAACCUAGUUGAAGUUAUGGAAACAAGUGAAAAUGACCUUGGUAACACUGAUGAUACUAAUUUGAAUUCCACACUGAGAUUCAGAAUAGCAUCAAUUCGAUACAAGACAGUUGAUGCUUUAUUACAGCACAUGUUUGAAGGGGAAUUAAAACCAGAAGACGAAAUACCAACACUGGAAGAGAUUGAUAACCUUUCACCAGAUGAUUUCCCACCAAAGUCACAUACCUUUCAUAAUGUAAUUUAACUUACUGGUUGUAAAUUUUAUUGAAAUAUUGUACAGAAAUGGCUCAUCUUGCUAACUGAGCAGCAUGUAUUUCAGCAUUUCUGAACUUGCACUUAAAUGUACGAUGAUUUACAUUUAUUAAAUGCAAAUUAGUUUAAUUUGCAUCUGAAAGACAGUAUUAGAUUAUGCUCCCAAAAUUCUAGGUAUUAUAAUAGCUAGUGUAGCUAAUUAACUAAUUGCUAAGAAUUGCUGUGUUUUGAGCCAUGUCUUUAAAAUUACCUGCUUAAUAGAUUUCAAUUGAAAAUCAUGCAGUGAAAAUGUACAAGUGCUGCUUAUACCUAGUUUCUUCCAUACCAGAACAUCCUGCUUUUCUUUUCAUUACAUGUCUGAUCCUAUAGUCCAAACACAUCAGUAUGCCCUGCCCACAAACACAUCUACCAGGGCUGUAAUAUUUGACCCUCUGGUGUGCCUGCACCGAUGCAAUGGUGGUCUCGCUUCACUGCUGGCUUGAUGUGGAUGGAAUGAACUAGAGAGGCUCGGCUUCAGCAUUUUAAGAGAUUGAGUAGGCUGGAUUUACUUUCCUUGGAGUAGAGGGCUCAGAAGUUUACAGAUCCACUCCAGGGUACAGCAGGGUUUCAUUUGUGCAAGUUUCCCUUUUCCUUAAAUCUAAUCUUCUGAAUUUGAUUUAUCAUAAAACAGUAUAGACCAGGGAUUCCCAACCAUUUUUAUGCCAUGGAGCUUUACCAUUAAUAGAGGGUGGCGGUGGGGGGGGCGGUGGCUGUGGACUGAGGUUGGAACCCCUAGAUCUAGACCAAGUGCUGGUAAAUGGGAUCCAAGGGCCUGUUUCUGUGUUGUCUGAGCUUCUCGCAGUCUCUACCAGUUUUAGAGGGCUAUAGCAGUAUGGAGCUGCUUGGGGUUGCAUCCUUUCUGGUACAAUGUGUGCGAGCUAUUGCUGAGGACUAGUAGACCUGCCAGACCACUCAGCUUUUUUCAGCUCAUCUGCUGGAGAAUGUGAUGGAAUAUGCUGUCUUGUCUCCACUUAAUAGAUCACGUGUCCUCUGCCUCUGUGAUAACAAGCAUACAGCAGUGAAACCAUUUUAAUCAUCUCAUGGCAGGAAUGCCAGUAGAAAAACUGCCAUGUUUCAUUACCGCAAUGGUAACUAGCGCAUCUGUUUAUAGUCCUUCACUGAUCCCAUAACUAUUGACCCUGGGAACUCAUUCUGCACUGUUUCUAAUGUUAUUUAAACCAACUGUUCAUCUCUCACACCUGUUAUUCCACAAUGUCAUAUUUCAAGGUAGCACUAUCAUGGUCACCAUUAAGCUGGUUUAGUGUCUAACACUAAGUCUGGGUUCAAGGCCUGUGACCGAAACAUGCAAAACUUUCAGACUGAUGCUUCAGUACAACACUGAGUCAGUAGAUAGUAGUUACCACCUUAAGUGCUAAAGAACUUACCAGCUUUUGUGUUUGAAACAGCCUAUGGUGCUAUUUAAAAAAAAAAUCAGUCCCUGCUUACCUCCCUUCCAAUACGCACCAGGAGAUUUCAACUUUAGUCUAUAUUCUGGGUCCUGAAUGACAUAAUAAGUUAGAUGAACACCCGUAAGCACAUUAAGCAUUAAUGGGGCACAUCAGUUCUUUGAAAUGUAAUUUUAACCACUGCCUCUAUCACAAUUUUUCCAAAUUAAUUCUCUUCAAAAGACUCAUUCUGCAACUUAACCAUCAUUCCUCAAAUAAAAUCUAUAUUAGAGAUUCUAAAACAGCUUUGAUGCUUAACCACUGCAAUUUGAUUUUACAGUUGGUUGGAUCUCUUGCAUUAGAAACUUAAUUUACAAACCAGUGAUUUCAUCUGUAGUUGUUUUUAUUUAAACGAUCUCUGAUAGACCAUAAUAAGGAAGGGCUGGAUACCAGAAGAAAUUAGAAUAAGUAACAGAUUGCUUAGUAUAUUGAGACCAAAACUGAUGGUUAAAAUUAUUUUUAAUCAAGAUUCCGCCAUUGAGCAAUGGAAUAACAUUUUAAGCAUAAGUAAAUUAUUAGAGAUCUAUUUAUACAAAAACCUAGAUUACAACCACAUUA